CCCUCCACUCGCUUCAAACAAGCGGCUUCAGGAAGGAGACGAGGCAGCAGAAAACAAACAAAGAAGAGGGGGGAAAAGAAAACCUUACGGAGUCGCUCUUCAUUUAAAAAAAAUAAAUAAAAAUAAUUUUCUACUUUACCUGCCUGCCUGCCAGACUGCUAAUAAGAGUUUCACCAGACCCAACAUCAUCGUCACACCUGUGGAGUUCAUACAGGCAGUUCUACUCCCCGAAGAAACCUCCAUCUUCUUCCACACCCAUUUACCACAAAACCCAAACCCUCCAUCACUUGCUCUGUGGUUCCCUCUCCGUCGUCCCAACACGUCUGCGGAGUGGGUGCCCGCUCCCUCCCCCAGGGGUGGGAGUGAUGAGCUGGGGGACGGACUCGACAAACCCCUGGAGAAUGAUGCAGAGGGUGUGUGGAGCCCUGACAUCGAGCAGAGCUUCCAGGAGGCCCUGGCCAUCUAUCCACCCUGUGGCCGCAGGAAGAUCAUCCUCUCAGAUGAGGGCAAGAUGUACGGACGGAAUGAGUUGAUUGCACGAUACAUCAAACUUCGCACAGGGAAAACGCGGACCAGGAAGCAGGUGUCUAGUCACAUCCAGGUUCUAGCCCGACGGAAGGCCAGGGAGAUCCAGGUGAAGCUGAAGGUACGCUACGAUCAGGCUGCCAAAGACAAGGCCCUCCAGAGCAUGGCCACCAUGUCAUCAGCUCAGAUCAUAUCACCCACAGCCUUCCAGAACAAGAUGGCUCUCCAGGGCCUGUCUAGGCCAGCUUACCCCACUGCUGGUGGGUUUUGGCAUGGGACACUUCCAGGACAGCCAGGAGGCCAUGAAGACAUUAAGCCCUUUUCCCAACAGAGUUAUGCCAUGCAAGCGUCUGGCCCGGCCCCGAUAACAGCAGCUUAUGAUAACACACCGGGGCUGUCCAUGUCUCCUGGUGCCCCCCCCUGGCAGGGUCGAAGUAUUGCCAGCUCCAAGCUGCGAAUGCUGGAGUUCUCGGCCUUCCUGGAGCAACCUCAGGACCCAGAGACCUUCAACAAGCACCUGUUUGUGCAUAUUGGCCAGUCCAAUCCGAGCUACAGUGACCCCUAUCUGGAGUCAGUGGACAUCAGGCAGAUCUAUGACAAGUUCCCAGAGAAGAAAGGGGGCCUGAAAGAGCUGUUUGACAAAGGGCCGCACAACGCUUUCUUUCUCGUCAAGUUCUGGGCGGACCUUAGUGUAAACCUGCAGGAUGACAGCAGCUUCUUUUAUGGUGUGUCCAGCCAGUAUGAGAGCUCUGAGAACAUGAUUAUCACCUCAUCCACCAAGGUCUGUUCCUUUGGCAAACAGGUGGUGGAGAAAGUCGAGACGGAGUACGCACGCUUCGAAAACGGGCGCUAUGUGUUUCGGAUCCACCGCUCCCCUUUAUGUGAAUACAUGAUCAACUUUAUCCACAAGCUUAAACACCUGCCGGAGAAGUACAUGAUGAACAGCGUACUGGAAAACUUCACUAUCUUACAGGUGGUGACUAACAGGGACACACUGGAGACCUUGCUGUGCAUAGCCUAUGUCUUCGAGGUGUCCACUAGUGAGCAUGGGGCGCAGCAUCAUAUUUACAGGCUAGUCAAAGACUGACACAGCCUCCCGCUUGGAACUUACCAGUUUUAGACCCAUUGUAGCAUAUCGGUGAGCAACAAGACUAAACAAUAGACUACGUCCUUCACAAGCUGAAACCAUACGAGCCGGUCAGGAGCCCAGAGAAGCACAGGCUGUGUCAGUUUGUGCGGGAACACAACUACUGCUGAAGAAGAGGUAGAUUUUGGGACUGUGGAAGUUGAAAUUGGCUGAGUGCGAAGACGAGGACCAUGGUACACUGUGGUCUCGAUGCCAAAGGAGCCAAACAUAGCCAAGAAGACCUGCAUGAGAGAGUUGUAAUUGGUGGUGUUUUUUCAUCUCAUUUUUACUAGAGCUUGUUUUUAAUUUAGAUUCUUUUACACACAUGCAUGUGCAAGGGGAUGUUUGUGACAGAGAAGUCUGGCUGCCUCAGGGUGCCAUCUAGUGACUUAAAUAUGAAAAAAAAAUAUAUAUAUAUGGGAAAAGUAAUAAAAGUAUACUGAGAAUCCCUCUUUUGCACAUCCAAAAAAAAAAAUCACUGUUUUUUGUGCCAAUGUUUUGUGUUACUGGAGCAGUUAUGUACAGUGCCACAUCUUUCUCCUCUUAACAGAGUUACGCUGACGGGUGGCUAAAACAAUUUAAAAGAACUUGUAUUCACUUAGUUUGGUGUUGAAUGUUGAAUGUUUCUUGUCUUACUGUUUUUGAUUGAAAACUGUCUGACUGCAACAAAAGGCACAUAAUAACACUGCUAACUUGAACCAGAUUUGGAUUUGUAAGCUGAUUACAGAGGUUGUCUGCAUCUAUAACUUGGCCUGAGGUGUCACGUGAAAAUACAAGUGUUUCUUUCAUAAGUCCUCACUGGUUUUUGUAAUGUUUCCACAAACUGCUACACAUAGUGUAAACAUGAUUAUGGAAAUGAUCAAAUAUGCAGGAUUUCAUCAGAACAAAUAAGUCAGAACAAAGCUUUCAAAGAUACUUUAUAUAUCUUGGGAAACUUACUUCAUGGGAGGGGAAUUUAAUAAAUGUGGACACACAUCAAAGAGUUACCACAGAUUUAAAUGUGGUUUUAUGAUAUGUCCUACCUUUGAAAUAACAGGUGGCAAAUACACAAAGACAAAAAUCAGUAGUCUAUUAAAUGAAUUAUACUCUUUAAUAUGGAAGAAGUUUUAAUAUUGAUCUACAGUAGGUAAAUCAGACAAAUUGCCUCAUUUCAACCCUGUCCUGUUUCCAUGCCAUAUACCACUGUUACACUGUUU